AUUAAUAAAUAAAAUUGAAUAAUAUAAAGUAAUAUAAAAGUUUGGAGAGAUAAAUUUAUUUAGACAAUAAGCCUACCUUAUUAAAAUCAGUGGAAUAGCACAUAAUAGAAUCGAAUGGAACAGAAUAUAUCCUAUGUCCAAGAAUGGACGCAGAGGGCUGCUUGAUGAUGAUUUUUCAAAGAUUAAAUCUUAGAAAUCAAUACAAAACGAGAUCGAAACAUAACAUUAAAAUUUCCUUACACAAAAGUCGAUAAAACAGGUACCUGUACACAAAUAAAAUCGUUAUCUUUUUCACAUAUGAUUAUUUAAAUUAUUUUAUUUUUAUUAUUGCAACUCAUUUUUAUUUUGAAUCACCCCGAUUAGAUAUUUUAUGUAAUCUUACGUAAACUUUGCCCGUUUCUUACCAAAUACACCUUUCAGACCAUAGAUAACUAAAUUUAAAAAAAAAAGUUAUCCAAACGUGUUUAUUGUAUUAUUAUCUCUGUAAGUUUUCACUUCGAUAGGUUCAACUCAAGAUUAUGGAACAACUUUAAAAUUAAAUCGAACCAAAAUGUUCACGUACAUUGAUUUAAUAAUUUUAGCGUCCUCUGUGUUUCUUAUAAUUAUUGUUAAGUUAUUAACCGGAGAAGCAAGGAGUCCGAUUUUCAACGUUUACCAACGACCAACUAAAAUUUAUUGGUUCAAAGUUGUUUUUAUGUACAGUGUCUUAAAGUUUAGACAGAUUGCUAAUUAUUUAAAAAGUGAACGAAGGAGAGAUCUAGGAAAAGUCGAUAAAUAUAUUCUUCAAGAUGGACCCCAACCGUUGAAAGACUCCGAAUUGGCUGUUGAUGCUGUAUUUUUUAACGGUGCAAAUUCGAAGGGUGAUUAUUUCAUUAUAGCAACCGCUAGAAGAAGUAAUAAACUCGUGGAUGGAUUUAUUUAUAUAAAAAUAAACGAUUCUAAAUUGGGAUUACUUGAAAGUCCUAAAUUACCGAGUACUGCUCUUUACCAAUUGGAAGAAACGCAAGAAUACAAAGCAGAAGGAAUUGAAAUAUCCGUAAUUGAACCAAUGAAAAUUUGGAAAAUUAAAUACAACGGAAAAAUGAAAUCGGCUGAUAACAGAAGUAAAUGGUACAACGUUAAAAUCGUCGGAGAAUUUGUCUCAAAAUUACCACCUUAUAACGUUGAUGUUGAUAUGGAUCCUUUUAUGAUGGCGAAAGCUUUGGCUGUUGAGCCAUGGAGUAGAGAUUUUUUUAGAACUUUAAAUGAAACUCAUCAAAUGCAUUAUGAACAAUUUGGUGAUAUGUUAACUGAAGUUGAAAUCGACGGAAAACCUUUCAAUUUAAAAAUAAACGUUUGCAGAGAUCACAGUUUUGCCUCUAAAAGGGAAUGGAGAAUAUUUCACCGUUACUCUUUGCAUUUUAUUACGGUUGAAAACGGCGAUAGAAUUAUGAUUGGAGUUGUUUCAAUGCCCGUAGCUAUUUCAUGUUUUUCAAUGGGUUUUGUUUACUCAUCAAUUGAACAAAAAAUGUAUCCAAUUGAAAAUUGCGAUUUAGUCCUUCAUCAACACGGCGAAAACGGCGAAGCUCCUUUUGAUUAUGGCUUUUCAAUUUAUGCCGGACAUAAAUCGUACGUUAUUAAAGUCCAUGUCAAGGAAUCGCCACAUUUUUAUAUUAGUAAGGAUUGGGAGGCCAAAUUAUUCGAGAGAUUAUGUACGUUUAAAGUGAACGGUUUAAAAGGAUGGGGUGGAUCCGAGUGGAUGUAUCGAAAUAUCGAGGGAAAACAUGUUUUAGAUUAUGAAAAAAAUAAAGAAUUUUUUUAAAAUAUUAACAAAAUAAAAUUUCAUUUUUA